AGCCCCACCCAUUCACCCAACCCAGUCCAGCGUCUUCCCCUGGCUCCCUCUCUUCCCCUUUGUCGAAUUUGUGUGGUUUCCCAGUUUGCCCUUGGGCCCAAGAUCUCGCCGCAAUCGUCGUCCUCGUAAUUCGUUCAGAAUUGGGAGGGAGAGUAUUUACAGCAAUUCAAUCGAGGCCACACCCGGGCGGCCCAAUCUGAACCUUCGGGAGAAAGUCGUUGGAGUUAAUUUCCGAUGCCCGGGGAUUGAGACGUUCUCGGGCAAACCAUGAGGCCUUCGUCGUCGUCUCUCUGGCCGGAGAAUUCACGCGUUUCUCCAUCGUCGUCGGUUCCUAUUCCGUCGCCGCGGAAUCUCGCACCCCAGCCUGGGGCGCCGCCCCCCCCAAAUCCCAAUCACAAAAAUAGCUGUGGCAAUGUCUUCCAGCUGUUAGCUCGUAGGGAGGUAUCUCCCCGAAGUAAACGGUCCUCCAAAAGGUUUUGGAGGCAGGAGACUACAUGUGGUGGAUUAAAGGGUGGUGUGGCUAGGGAUGCAAAGCGGGGUCUUAUAUCAUGGGUAGAGGCAGAAUCAUUACGGCAUUUAUCAGCCAAGUAUUGCCCCCUUUUACCUCCUCCUCGAUCAACUAUUGCUGCAGCAUUCAGUCCAGAUGGAAAGACGCUUGCAUCUACCCACGGAGAUCAUACAGUGAAGAUAAUAGAAUGUCAAACUGGGAAAUGCUUAAAAGUGUUGAGUGGCCAUCGUAGAACACCUUGGGUGGUUAGGUUUCAUCCAUUGCAUCCUGAUAUACUUGCUAGUGGAAGCUUAGACCAUGAAGUUCGCUUAUGGGAUGCAAAAACUGCUGAGUGCAUAGGGUCGCGGGAUUUUUAUCGUCCUAUUGCUUCUAUUGCCUUCCAUGCCCAGGGGGAGAUUUUGGCUGUAGCUUCGGGCCACAAGCUCUAUAUAUGGCAUUACAACAGAAGAGGAGAGUCUUCAUCACCAGCCAUUAUACUCAAGACACGUCGUUCAUUGCGGGCUGUUCAUUUCCAUCCACAUGCUGCCCCAUUUCUUCUAACUGCUGAGGUCAAUGAUCUGGACUCGUCAGAUUCAUCUAUGACACUAGCAACUUCACCGGGUAACUUGCGGUAUCCACCUCCUACUGUGUAUUUGACAGAUGCUCAUUCCACUUAUCAAUCUGCAUCAGCAAAUGAACUGCCUAUCAUGUCUAUUCCUUUUAUGAUCUGGCCAUCAAUUGGUAGAGAUCCUAGAAUGCCUUCACAGCAGAGUAAUGCGGACUCAGGUCCUGAUAAUGUGCAACAGAGAGGAGAUACUUCUGCAUCUGUGAGGCUACUUACAUAUUCCACUCCUUCUGGCCAGUAUGAACUGUUGUUGUCCCCAAUUGAACCAAGUAAUCCACCUGUGCAAGGAGCACAAGCUGGUUCUUCCAUGAGGGAACAUGACAAUGCUCUUUCUCAUCCUUUAGUAGAUGCCAUGGAGACAGAUUUGCAGCAGGAAGAGAGGAACAAUCAGUUUUUCCCUUUUAGUGACCCAGCAUACUGGGACCUACCUUUCUUGCAGGGGUGGUUGGUUGGCCAAAGUCAGGCUGGGCAACGGGCAAUGCAUUCACAAAAUGGGGGUAACAACCUGCCCAUUUAUGACGAGCUAGACAAUGCCUCAACAGUACCCCCUGCUGCAUCCAACAUUGUUCAACCAAGGGUUUCAGGAAGACCUGGUUCGCGGCACCGUUCUUCACGCUCUCGUGUUAUACCCACAACUGGAUCUGGUGACGGUGCUGCUUCAUACAAUAUCGUGCAUGAUGAUAUGGACACUCAACCUUCUAUGAGCCACAUCCAAUCUGAGAUUGCUACUUCACUUGCUGCUGCAGCAGCAGCUGAGUUGCCUUGCACUGUGAAGCUUAGAAUAUGGCCACACGACCUUAAAGCUCCUUGUGCACCUCUUGAUGCAGAUAGAUGUCGCUUAACUAUACCGCAUGCUGUACUUUGCAGUGAGAUGGGUGCACAUUUUUCACCAUGUGGACGGUUUUUAGCAGCCUGUGUUGCAUGUGUUUUACCAAACAUGGAUAUUGAUCCUGGUUUUCAUGGACAUAUUCAUCAUGACACAAUGGGGGCUGGAACGUCGCCAACUAGACAUCCAAUUUCAGCUCACAGGAUUAUGUAUGAGCUGCGGAUAUAUUCGCUUGAGGAAUCAACGUUUGGCUCAGUGCUUGCAUCUAGGGCUAUCAGAGCUGCACAUUGUUUAACCUCAAUUCAGUUUUCGCCCUCUUCUGAGCAUCUGCUACUUGCCUAUGGCCGACGUCACAGCUCUCUUCUUAAAAGUGUUGUGAUUGAUGGCGAUACAACGGUACCUAUUUACACAAUUCUUGAGGUAUAUAGAGUUUCUGAUAUGGAACUAGUGAGAGUUCUUCCCAGUUCAGAGGAUGAGGUCAAUGUUGCAUGUUUCCAUCCUUCAGUUGGUGGGGGACUUGUAUAUGGAACCAAGGAAGGAAAAUUGAGGAUCCUCCAAUAUGAUAAUUCAAAUGGAUUGGAUCGUACAUUGAACUCUUUUCCUGAUGAAAACAUGCUUGAGUUACCGACUUAUGCUUUAGAAGGCUAGAUAUCCACCAUUCAUCAGAAAUAUCUGAAGAAUGCAGUAUGUACCGGAUUGUCAUUGCAACAUAAUGGAUCCGAGAACGCUUGACAGACAGGUAGCAGCGAGGUAGAAUGCCUUUCACCAAGUGCCACGGGGAAUCUUGAUGGAGUAAUGGGGGACGCUGGAAUUUGAAAACGAACAUUUCUAUUUCUUCUCUAUAUGGUGGGUGCAAAGCUGGAUUCAUGCUUCUUCCGCAACUAUUGUUCAGAGCGGCUUGAGGUUUUCCGGGGUAUACAAAGAUAUGUGGUGGGGUGUCGAGCAAUGGGAGUUUACUUUCGUUUUUCAAAAUUUUUCUUGGUGGAUGUCUACUAAUGUGUCACUCGUGUUUCUGGUGAAAUACAUGGAUGGAUGGAUUGAAUGUACAUUAGUUGAUUUUUAUCGUAAGAGGGGGAUAAAAAGAUCAGAUCAGAUAAGAAAAGAUGAUUGCACAAUGCACAGAUACACUAUGCAAGUGUUUAUAACUUUUUUCUGUGUUUGGUUUGAGAAAAAGAAUGUCUGUCUUCCAUCUGGACAUCUAUACAAAGUGAAAACAUUCUUCACUUUUCUGGAAA